AUGCCCAAUGACACAUUCAAUAUACCUGCAAAUUUCACUUUGAUUCAAUCCCUGCAGCUCCUUUAUUCUAUAGUUACAAACCAUUGCGAUAACUUCAAGAAACAAAAAAAUGAGCACGCAACUAACUCACAUAAUUUGAAGAAAAUGUUUAAAAGGUUCGACAGUUUAUUGUACUAUAUGAAUGAUGGCUUAGAAAAGAUUGAGAAGCAUUAUCAGAAUGAAGAUGGGCUGAACAAGCUUGUAGGCUCUCGACCGGAAUUGAGGAGCCAAUUGGAGGAUUUACAGAUAUUGGGUCAGGAUAUCAGGCUGGAGAGAAGGGCUUGCCGCAGUCAACUGGAAAGUUUGGAAAGGCAAGAGGACGGUAGUAAUAAUGGGAUUUUAAAUAACAUUCGUCGAUCAGGAAUCUGGAGGAACCGCAGUAUCAUAGGAAGAAGCAAAAAAAUCACAAAGCAGGAGGAGGCUGAGGAGGCAGCAGCGAUUGCAGCAGCAGAGAAGAUAAAGUUAACAAGAAAGCUGGAAAAGGAGAAAGAACUGGAAGAGAUAAAGAAACGUGAACUUGACAUAGAAAGUAGGAGGGAAAAGCUACUUGAGACAAUGAUUAAAGAACAAGUAGAAAACGAACUGCAUGAAAAGCUGGAAGAAGCAGAGCGGAAAAGGCGCAAAGAAAGGGAGCUAUUAGAGGAAAGGCAACGUAAACUAAAACAAGAUAGGCAAAUUAUGGCACCACCAUCUGGAACAAGUAAAACAACUGAUUCACACCCCGCCAAAGUGGGUUCUGACAGACAUAAUAUGCUAAUAAAUGGUAGAAGAUCUUUCGAUAUUCGAGGUUCAAGAAAAUCUCUGGAUGGCAUCACUCCUUUAUCACCCAAACGGAAAUCUCUAGAUAUGCAAGAUAUUGGCAAGGCGGCUCAAUUGGCUUGGUCACAAUCAAAUUCGAACGAUGGCAGAAAAGUCCAUAGCUUACCCAAUAGAACGCAAAAUUUGUCUCCAACCCGAAAUCAGCAGCAGUAUCUAUCAGCAAACGUUCCCGGAAAGAAAAAAUACGAAUAUGUCAAGCCCGUCGUUCAUCGUCAAGUAAUCAGAACACCAAAGAGAAAUGUGGUUAAUGGUAAGAAAUCGGCUAACAUUUCAAAAGAGACAAUAUCGGUCGAUACCAGGAUGACGACAAAAAGUUUGAACUCCUCAGCAAAGUCAUCCCCCGAUAUAAGAACUUCUGAUCUGAGAUCUCCCGAACUAAAAUCUCCAAUCUUGGUAUCUAGUUCAGUGAGCCCUCCAUUAACCCCGACUUUAAACAAGCAGAUAACAGACAUCGAGCAAACACCAUUAGAGGCUAAAAUGGACAAAGUAAUGGCAACUUUGCAGGGUGUUGACCGAGAGGCGUGUGAGCAGAUUAUGAAUGAGAUAAUUGUGAUGGAUGAAAAAAUACUUUGGGAUGAUAUAGCGGGAUUGAAAAAUGCAAAAAGUUCCUUAAAGGAGACUGUGGUUUACCCAUUUCUAAGACCUGAUUUAUUCAAGGGCUUACGAGAACCUAUAAGGGGGAUGCUUCUGUUUGGCCCCCCUGGCACCGGUAAAACGAUGAUUGCAAAAGCUGUAGCAACCGAAUCUCAUUCUACUUUUUUCAGUAUAAGUGCCUCAUCUUUACUAUCCAAGUAUCUGGGUGAAUCCGAAAAACUUGUUAGGGCCCUUUUUUAUAUGGCUAAAAGACUGGCACCCUCCAUCAUCUUCAUCGAUGAAAUAGACUCUCUACUGACUGCAAGAUCAGAUAAUGAAAAUGAAUCUUCUCGAAGAAUCAAGACUGAACUUCUCAUUCAAUGGUCAUCAUUAUCAAGUGCCACAGCAAAGGAGAGUGAAUCUGACUCUGAAGAUGAGCCUGACUCAAGAGUACUUGUUUUAGCGGCAACCAAUCUACCGUGGGCUAUCGAUGAAGCUGCCAGAAGAAGAUUUUCCAGAAGGCUAUACAUACCACUGCCAGAAUACGACACCAGGCUAUACCAUUUGAGAAAACUAAUGUCGAAACAGAAAAAUGAUCUAUCAGAUACCGAUUUUGAAGUCAUUGCCAAGAUGACUAGAGGAUUUUCGGGCUCAGAUAUCACAGCACUAGCAAAGGAGGCUGCGAUGGAACCCAUCAGAGACCUCGGAGAUACAUUAAUGAAUGCAGACUUUAAUAAGAUUAGAGGUGUCAUCGUUAAAGAUUUCGAAAAGGCAAUGCAGAUCAUCAAGAAAAGUGUCUCCGUGGAAUCUUUACAACAGUAUGAGGAUUGGGCUGCCGGUUUUGGUAGUACCGGGGCAUGA